AUAAUCGAUUUAAAAGUUGAUGAGUGUGCUGUAACUGAUGUGUUUUAUGUCGUAGAACAAAACGUGAAAGUAUAUUGAGUUGGUGUUGGCCACGGACCUUAUUUGAGCGAUUUUACUGAAACCCCAUUCAAAAAACCCAUUGACUUUGGGACGAGGGAACCGGAAGUGCUAAAAUGCUAACUCGCUUCCGGGUUUUUGCAUACAAAUUGACGUCAUAGUUCCUCCACUCUAUAAUAUAGAAAACGAAGACUAAGUGAAAACAGCAGAUGGCAGUAAUGCAACUUAUGGAUGCCAGCCACAGUUAACUCCAGAAGAAGAAAACAGUCCACCCGAGUCGUCGUAAGGAGUGAAAUAUCUGGCUGAGAGCUGUCUAUUGUCAGUCACACAGACAGAAAGCUCGCAGUAUUAUUGCUUUUCUGACAUGAUUCAUUUGCGCGUCACAUCCAAUCUUAGUAGCAAAUCGCGGCGACGUGCAACGACGUUUAUCGCCGACAUUUUAGAAAAAUAAAGCUUUAAGAGACCCAACCGUCUUCAGCUGUUGUGAAGUUUACUUUAGAUCAAAUGGAUAUAAAAGAAGAAGAAGAAGACUGUGUCUCUCAUGACUCUCAGUCUGGGCCAUAUUUCACCGAACAACCGAGCCUAAAGAUUCAAACUGGAGAUAUUUUCACACCGAUCCAAAGCCUUGAAAGUCACAAAGUGAAUCACUCAGAAAAACAAACUUUUAUUUGUGCAGAGUGUGGAAAGAGUUUUACACUCAAGCGGUAUCUUAAAAAUCACAUGAAGAUUCACACCGGAGCUCAUCCUUUCACUUGUCCGGAGUGUGAUAAGUGUUUCACAAUGAAACACAGCCUUGAAACUCACUUGAAAAUUCACACUGGGGAAAAGCCAUUCACCUGCCCUGACUGCGGAAAAAAGUUCAGAUUAAAGCAAAGCCUGGACGGUCACUUAAGGAUUCACACUGGAGAGAAACCUUACACAUGUCAAGUGUGUGGGAGGAGUUUCAGAGAGAAACAAAUCCUCGAUAAGCACUUGACGAUUCACACUGGAGAAAAGCCUUACUCCUGCCCUGAGUGUGGAAAGAGUUUCAGGGUGAAAAAUUGCCUUGAAAACCACAUCAAAAUUCACACCGGAGAGAAACCUUACACAUGCCAAGAGUGUGGAAAGAGUUUCACAGAGAAACAAAACCUAGAAAGGCACAUAAGAAUUCACACUGGAGAAAAGCCUUUCGCCUGCCCUGAGUGUGGAAGAAGUUUCAGAGUGAAACAAGAUCUUAAAAUUCAUUUAAGAAUUCACACUGGAGAAAAGCCUUUCUCCUGCCAACAGUGUGGAAAAAGUUUCUCAGAGAACAAGAAACUUGAAAAUCACAUGAGAAUUCACACUGGAGAAAAGCCUUUCGUCUGCUCUCAUUGCGGAAAGAAUUUCAGAGGGAAACAAAACCUUGAAAGUCACAUGAGACUUCACACCGGAAACCAGCCUUACACCUGCCCUCAGUGUGGAAAGAGUUACAACCAACAAAAAAGCCUUCAGAUUCACAUUAGGACUCACACCGGAGAGAAACCUUUCGCUUGCGAUCAGUGUGGAAAGAGUUUCACACAACAAAGUACUCUAAAGGGUCACAUUAAGAUUCACACCGGAGAGAAACCUUUCACUUGCCCUCAGUGCGGGAAGAGUUUUAUAGAGAAAACAAAACUGGAGAGGCACAAGAAAAUUCACUCUGGAGAAAAGGCUUACACUUGCCAGCACUGUAAAAAGAGUUUUACGUUGAAGCAAAGCCUGGACAUUCACAUGAGGAUUCACACCGGAGAAAAGCUUUACACCUGCCAACAGUGUGGAAAGAGUUUUACAGAGAAACAGAAGCUCUUAUCCCACAUGACAGUUCACACUGAAGAGAAGCCUGCACUUGGCGUGGAAGUAGUUUUAGAAUGAAACAAGGCCUCAAAAGUUACACAAGAACACACUGGAUAUCUGAAAUAAAAACUGAAAUGUCACGUUG